AGACUCAGCUGGAUCUAAAUGGCCGUGGGUUUACUUUACAACUCUCGUUGUUGUUGGAUCAUUUUUUGUGGUCAAUCUUGUGUUGGGAGUUCUUAGUGGAGAGUUUACUCGGCAGAGGCAGAAGGCGAUUGCUCGUGGAGCAUUUAAGAAACUCCGGGAGCAGCGUUGCAUUGAUGCUGAUAUGAAGUGUUAUCUUCAGUGGAUUGUACAAGGAGAAGGCAGCAGGAAAAAGAGAACAAUUGGUCGAACAUCGUUUGUAGAAAUGGGAAGCAAAAUCAGUGAAGAUGUAGACGAUUGUCUGUCUGAUGACAUCAAUGUGGAGCACAUUGAUGAUUCACAAUAUGGAUUUCAUUCGCUCUUGUUUCAACACAUCACAAACACUUGGAACCGGUUGAGAGAGACUAAUACUUCAUGUCAGGAGAUGGUACAAAGGGUUGUCAAGUCUUCGUGUUUCUAUUGGACGGUCAUCGUCUUCGUCCUUCUCAAUACAGUGUGUCUAGCUGUCGAACAUCAUGGGCAACCUGUCUGGAUGGACGACAUGCUUAAUAUUAGCAAUGUGUUGUUUGUUGUUCUCUUUACGUUUGAAAUGCUGGCCAAGUUGUAUGGUUGUGGAGUGAGUGGAUACUUCAUGUCGAGGUUCAAUCGCUUUGAUUUUGUGGUUGUUCUUGCAAGUAUCAUUGAAACAGCAAUCCACUUGUCCGUCCAUGCACCACCAGUUGGCAUCAGUGUUCUACGUUGUGUUCGCCUUCUUCGCAUCUUCAAAUUAGUUCCAAAAUAUUGGCUGGCUUUGAAUAAUUUUGUUGCGGCUCUACUCAACAGCAUCAAAUCUAUUCUCAGCCUGCUUUUCUUGUUGUUUUUGUUUAUUCUAAUAUUUGCUUUGCUGGGAAUGCAGCUAUUUGGUGGAAGGUUCAACUUUGAUUAUGGGACUCCAAGACCAAACUUUGAUAGCUUUGUUUCUGCAUUGACAGCAGUAUUUCAGAUUCUAACUGGUGAAGACUGGAACGAAGCAAUGUACGUAGGGAUCCAAUCUUACGGCGGCAUUGGAGACCUAGGCGCUUUGGCUUCACUCUACUUCAUCAUUCUCGUGUUGUUCGGCAACUACAUUUUAUUGAACGUUUUCUUGGCAAUUGCCGUUGAUAAUUUGGCUGAUGCACAAAUGCUCACCGACGAGCAACAAGAGCAACUGCGUCAGAGCAAGAAACGACGUAAAGAGGCACAAAAACGAAUGAGAGAUCAAUGCAAGAUGGUCGAGGAUGAAGCAAGCAAUAAAGCAAAGACUGUGAGUGGUGGCAAUGCUUUGGCGUCAGAGGGAGCAAUGUUGAACACGUGCUCCCUGGUGAGUCUCAACACUGCGAAUGCAUCUGGUGGGUUUCUGCAGACCGAAUCUGGUCUGACAGCUGGAGACUCGGAAAUUGAACGUCGGAAACCAACUGUUGCCAAGAUGCUCUCCUACAUGAGAUCUAGACACUUAAUGUCUACCAAUGAAGACGGGCCAAAACAGCGUUUAGUCCCAGAGAACACGUCACUAUUUGUAUUCAAGUUGCAGAAUCCUUUUCGACGGUUUUGUCAUUGGGUUAUCACUUUGAAAUACUUCGACACCUUCAGUCUGAUUCUCAUUGGUUUGAGCUGCAUAGCACUGGCAGCAGAAGACCCACUAAAAAACGUCGAAAACUCUAUAAGAAAUCAGGUGUUGAUGUGGUUGGAUUAUUGCUUUACGGUCAUAUUUGCAACAGAAAUGAUGAUGAAAGUGGUGUCAUAUGGGUUUGUGUUUCAUAAGCGGGCAUAUCUUCGUUAUCCGUUGAAUAUUCUGGAUUUCUGUGUUGUGUGCAUCUCGUUUGCUACUAUUUUGUUGAGAUACGUAACAGCUGGAAUUGACCUAAGCAUCGUAAAAACUCUCAGAAUUCUUCGCGUACUACGUCCCCUUCGAGCAAUAAACAGAGCUCAAGGCCUCAAGAAUGUUGUGCAGUGUCUUAUUGUAUCAAUAAAGACAAUGGGCAAGAUUGUUUUGGUGAUGUUGUUGCUGAUGUUCAUGUUCUCUGUUGUCGGAGUUCAGCUGUUCAAAGGAAGGUUUUUCUAUUGCACAGAUGCACUACGGACUACUGAAGCAACAUGCAAAGGUCGUUACUUCACGUAUCCUCGUGGCGAUCUCAGCACACUGAUGCUUGCAACUCGAGAGUGGAAGCAGCAGGACUUUCACUUUGAUAACAUUUUUGCUGCCGCUGGGACUCUCUUCACAGUGUCAACGUUUGAAGGAUGGCCACUUGUUUUGUAUUGGGCUAUUGACUCAACAGAGAAAGAUCGAGGCCCAGAGAGAGGAAGCCGACCUGCUGUUGCUCUCUUCUUUAUCGUUUUCAUUGUUGUCGUUGCUUUCUUUAUGGUCAAUAUUUUUGUGGGGUUUGUGAUUGUUACUUUCCAACGAGAAGAAGCUCUAACGACCGGCGAGUUGGAUAACAAUCAGAAAGCGUGUGUUGAGUUUGCUCUGACAGCUCGGCCUCAGAAACUCAAUUUGCCAACAAAUCCUAAACAAUUCGCUCUCUGGCAGCUGGUAACGUCCGACUAUUUUGAGUACACUAUUCUAGUUCUAAUAUCUCUCAACACAAUCACAAUGGGAAUGAAAUAUUACGGCGAGCCGGAAACGUAUGCAUCUGUGAUUGAGUACAUAAACAUGGUGUUCACAUGUAUCUACACCGUUGAGUGCAUUCUCAAGCUCAUCGCUUUAUCACCAAAGAAUUAUUUUCAAAAAAUUUGGAAUGUGUUUGACUUUGUCAUUGUGGUGGGCAGUCUGUUGGAUGUUGCACUGCAGUAUAGCUUGGGAGAUGAUUAUGAUAGUGUGAGGUUGAAUUUCUUGCGGAUAUUUCGAGCGCUUCGCUUGGUCAAAGUGUUACAUCAUCAGAAUGGAAUUCGAACACUUUUGUGGAUGUUGUUUAAGUCGUUUCAGACUCUGCCAUGGGUGGUGCUUCUAAUUGCUUUGCUGUUCUAUAUCUAUGCAGUUAUAGGGAUGCAGUUAUUUGGCCGAAUUCGUUUAGAUCCAAACACGGCCAUAUUUCGACACAACAAUUUUCAAACAUUUUUUCAAGCGUUAAUGGUUCUCUUCAGGUCAGCAACCGGUGAGAAUUGGCAGAAAAUAAUGAUCAGCUGCUCUGCAAGCGAAGACGUAAAGUGUGCUCCAGAAUCCGACUCGCACAAAGAGUGUGGUUCGUGGUUGUCAUAUUUCUACUUCAUGUCAUUCGUCUCUGUUAUUUCUUACCUUGUGAUCAAUUUAUUUUUGGCUGUCAUUAUGGAUAACUUUGAUUACUUGACAAGAGAUCGGUCGAUCUUGGGGCCGCAUCAUCUUGAUGAAUUUGUACAGGCUUGGGCGCGGUUUGAUCCUGAGGGAAGAGGUGUGCUGCAACAUAGUCAAGUUGUCUCCUUACUUCAAAGUCUUGAACCUCCAUUAGGCUUCGGGAAGUGCUGUCCAUACAGAUUGGCAUGCAGGAGGAUGAUUAGUAUGAACAUGGCACUGAAGGAUGACAACACCGUCAUGUUUAAUGCCACGUUGUUUGCUGUUGUACGAACAGCACUCAACAUUAAGAUGGCAGCAGGAAACAACAGAAUAAAAGCCAACUCCAGACUUCGUCUAAUAAUUAAAAAGUUUUGGCCAGGCACAUGUGAAGACAUGCUGAAUAAUGUGUUGCCACUUGAUGAUACAGAAAAGUUAUCAACAGUCGGUAAGAUAUAUGCAGUCUCUCUCAUUCAGAAUUACUUCAAACGAUUUAAAGAGGGAAGACUUGAACGACAACAGAAACAAAAAGCAUCAGCUAAUUUGAUACAAUCUGGAUUGAGACGAGUGCACAGUUUUGGACCAGAACUGAGACGAACAAUUUCGGGCAAAUUAUUUGAUUCUGACGAAGAAAGGAAACGAUUGGAGUCUGCAGAAUGCUUUAAAGUUGAAAAGAGUGUUAGCAAAGAAACACUUGAGGAGAAUGACCGUGGCUACUCAUUGGAUCAGGAAUUGUCACAUGUGAGUCCUUCCAGAAUCAAUGUAUCAGCUCAGUAUCAUAUUCGGAAAAGAAUCAGAGCUGUGGGUGGGUCCGAUGUAGAUAUGGACACGGCACUAGCUACAUCAGUCUUUUCUCCUGCUUCCAGCUUCUGUUCUAAUUCUCCUCCAGAGCCAACAGUCAAAAUAUCAGUGAUAGCAGCUGAUUCUACGUCUUCAUCUUUGUCUAUUGACUCUCCAGAACUAGAAAUCAAAGAGGAAGAGACAAACAAAGACGAGCAUGAAACAAUGAAUGAAGACGAGUACCAAACAUUACACAACAGUUCUCCACAAAAGAACACAGACACUCCAACUGAACGAAGUCAGAGAUGCCUGAGUCAUCAAGUAGCAAUUGGAAAAUGGGACGGAGAUAAUGCUGAGGAUGAAACAGAGGUGUGUGCAAUGAAUACUGUGCCUCGAGACGAAACCAAAGACAAACUUCAUUGUGGCUCAAACCAUUAUGUUAGCAUUGUGGAGAAGAUCCUGAUCGAGGAAGGAUGUGGUAAUAUCUUAAAUCGUAGUGAGGUGGAAGCCGUGGAGCAAGAACUUGCUGAAUCAUGUGACCUUACCAGUAAUGAGUUGGAGGAGAUCCUACAAGAAGCAGAAGCAGAGAAUCGCUCCAUGUUUGGUUCUCCUCUAUAUCAAUCAGCCAGUGUCCACGGCAUGCAUAUUUAUCCACCGGAUGCCAACCUACCACCAUCCAUGCAGUCCUCAUUACUAUCAGUGGAUGAGAGUGAACAUGACAAAUGCGGCGAGGCUGAUGAUGUUGCUGUGAAAAAUGAACGGUAUCCAAGCCUACUACCAUCCCUCACUCUUUCCGCCUCAUCGUCCUCAGCUGCUUCAUCCUACUCAUCAAGAUCUUCAUCCAUUAACUAUGAUUUAUCAUCAGAGAAGCUUCGGAACCACCUAGAUUCUGUUGUAUAUCGGAGGACUCUUUGGAGAGAAACACCAGUUUAGAUGAACCAGACAGGACACAUAGUUGCCUGUAGAUGUGUGUUAUGUGUUGGUCCAUAGUAUUUAAAGGCAAUAAAAAAUUACAAUAUAAUUGUAUAUCUGUUCCUCUUUUCUCCCAAC